CCCAAAGGGUAUAGGUCACUCGCAAAUGGCUUAUUGAUGUUAUUGUGGUGUUUUGUUAUUGGAAAUCGAUACAUUUAGAAGCAAGCGUUAAAAUAAUUUCGUGAAUUAACUAUUAAGGAACAUUUGGGCUGCUCACGGUUUUUUUUUGAAACCGCACGUGUAAUUUAGAAGUUUUUGGAAGAAUAAAAGAACACACUUGUAAAGUUUUUAAUUCAGUUUGUAGGGACCCAUGUCAAGUCGACAAUAUCUAAGUGGGGUUCGAUUUCACCGAUGUCACAGUCCAAGAACGCUAAAAGUGCUUUACCACCCCGGUGACCUUUUUGUACCGGUUGUCACUCCAGCAGAGCGACCGUUUACCGGCCCGUCCAGCUCCUGGAGUACUUGCUUGCUCGACAACCCGUUAGAUAAUCGCCCCGUCAGCCCCCUCGGGGAAACAGCUUCAAGUGACCGCUUGUGAAACCUGGCAAUCUCCCCCAUCAAUGUUCUCCACAUCACACCCUCUCAUCCCGAGCGGAAUAGAAACACGGGAAGGCGAUCUGUAACAGACACGAGGUUGGAGUGCUGGCAUCCGUGCGCGCCUCGUGCGACCGCUCGUGAUGGAUGGAUCGGCCCCGCCAACUAUUUGCCGAGGCGCGCGCGCAGUUUCGGAGAUGAUACAUCCCAUAAUCCUCAGCGCAACGCUCAUUAUUGUAGAGAUCGUCUGCAGCCAUCCGGUGCCUUUAAUAGGCCUGUGAUAGCUAUCUGGCCCCGUAGAUUCGCUGAUUCGGUCACUGAUGCGGGGCAGUGCUUACACAGCGCCACGUGUAUCUAACGGCAUCAGGACUUGUUAACGCCGCUCGCUGGAGCGGAGUUCAAGUUACUCAGGCAAAAGUAACCCGUUCUGAGUAUCUCUCUGGUUUGUACUUUGUUGUUCACGCAGAUAGCCAUUGGAAUACUGGACUUCUCCUCCAGAUGUUGAGAGAUUAGGCUUGAGGACGGCUGCCAAGAUGGUUCGUGGGGAGGACGCCUGCGAUAGUCUCUUCCAGCAGUACAUCUCAAGAGAUCAUGAUCCGCCGAUGUGUGCACCUGAUUGGGACACCACACUAUGCUGGCCGGCUACUCCCGCCAAUUCCUCCGUCAUCUUGAAGUGUCCCAACCUCGACUGGUUCAACCCAGACAACAGCCUGUCCCGAUUCUGUGGCCCGAAUGCAACGUGGGAAUUGGGAGGAACCUACCGGGAUUGUUUCGCCCAUAGCAAUAUCCCGACCAGAACGCCCGAUUACGACGAUGUGUCUGACGAAAUGAUCAAUUUUUAUUUAGAAGUUCUCCGAGGCGCCAAUUUGAUGCGAUUGAUUGGUGUUUGCCUGUCCUGGGUUGCCCUCGUGGUGGCGCUCUUAAUCUUCUCGACAUUUCGGAGUCUGAACUGUAACCGCAUCAAGAUCCACAAGCAUUUCUUCGCGGCAUUUCUGAUCCGUAUGACCCUCGAGGUCAUUCUGGUGGCCGAUAGGCGACAUCGGGAGAGUAAUACAAGUCAAGGGAUCACUGAUGUCAAGACUAUACAUCUCACGCCUGUCCUUUGCGAGACAUUCGAGACGAUCCGAGAGUACGGCCGUCUGUGUGCAUUCUUCUGGAUGUUCAUUGAGGGGUUGUAUCUGACCUGCCUGGUGUCUGCUAACGUCUUCGGCAAGCCUCGUUUCCUGCUCUACUACUUAAUCGGAUGGUUUCUUCCGAUUCCCAUCGUCAUCAGCUGGGUCGUUGCUAUGUACUACACAAGUCAAGCAAGGUGCUGGAAGGACCAUGCUGCUUCCUCGUAUUACUUGAUCAUCGAGAUUCCCCGGAAUGGCGCCCUCAUUAUUAACGUUCUCUUCCUGAUCAACAUUGUGCGAGUUCUAGUGACUAAGCUGCGAGACAGUAACUCCAGCGAAACUAAACAGAUCAGGAAAGCUGCCAAAGGUGCCGUGCUGCUGAUCCCACUCCUGGGCGUGGCUAACCUGGCCUGGUUCAUCCCUAACCCUACGGUGCGCGACUCCAAGGCUAGCAUCGUCUUGUAUAACUACUUGUUUCUCUUCCUGGAUUCCUACCAGGGCUUCUUCCUCUGCGUCAUGUACUGCUUCUUGAACCAAGAGGUGCGAAUGACACUACAUCGUAAGUGGUCCACAUGGCGUUACUAUCGGGAUCCUCUCCUGCGUCGAACAUCCGUCCUGACUUCCACAACCGAAAUGAGCACGACACGUGCGGCAUACAAGCCGUCGCAGAGGACGAAUGGCUCCGCCGUGGGCAGCGAGUAUCUCAAGAUGGCUGCAAUCGAUGAGAUGAGCAGUACGCAUGCCUGAGAUUAUAGCAUGACCCAGCCGGAAGUAAUUGAAGACUGACCUUCGAUACUGGGAUAGAGACUAUACUUCCUACCAACUAGGUUGCGGUAACGAUGGAGUAUUACUCAGCAGUGUUUUCUCUCUGUGAGUUGAUACACGGAAUAGACCCAACCUUCUGAGGCAUGUGAUUUGUCAGUUCUUUCACUGUAGGAAGACCGUGAUUGGUCAGUAAACAUUAGGAAUGAACUUAAUGGCACAUACUACAGCAGACACCUUCGUGAUCAUUUUGUAAUAAGGCAGAUAUUUACGACAAUGUAUGUAUAUUUAUUAAAAGUAAAAACUACGUAGUUCGACAUUCGUCGGGAGUCGAAACUAUACUGUAAAUAACACGAGGCCUGUUAGUAACGUCAAUGUUGAGAUAUGUCGAAGGGUAUAUUUUCUAUGACAAAAUAGUUAUCGUUAUUAAUACUUAAUGCCAGAUAUACCCAGUGUCUUGUAAGAUAGUUUAAAGGUAGGAAUAGGAAUGUUUAAAGUGUCUUCAAUGUUUUCGACUAAAAGUCUGGGUGCAACUCGCGUAUAACAAGAGCCCUCUCUGAUUGUGUUCUGUUUUUGAACGACCAACAGCAGGGUAUUUUGCACCUUCAUUGUGGUUGAUUUACAUUCUAUGUGUUCACCUUCAUAAAAAAAUUAAUCAGCUGUGUUUUCAGUUGUGUAUAUGUUCAAAUUCGAAAGCAUGAUGUUUGAAUGUUGUGCAUGUUGUAAAUAGGAUACCGUACAGAGUGCAAUAGGCAUAUACUAUAAGGUAGACAUUUUGUUUAUGCAAAGAAAAACAAAAUCAUAUUUAUUGUGUUGAUAAUUUUGUAACAAGUGUCCAGGAAUCGUAAAAUAAUUUCUUAAGACGAUUUAAAUAACUUAUUGACCUGAAUAGGAAAUAAGGUUUCUUAAAAAAUAUCAGUCAUCUUGAUUUUAUUCUGAAACUGAGCGAUAACUCCAUAUACCCAUUCAUAGUAAUCAGCUUAUUCUUUGUCGUGUCAAAGAGAGGAGCAAAUUGUUUGAUGUAUCGAAUUUUUCUCAAAAUUAGAGGAAUUUUUUUUUCAGGAUUGGGGGCGCUAAAAAGGCAUGUUAGUCAGACGUUUGACAAGAACAUGUAGUUGAACCGAAGUCUUGUCACAGCGCCCUCUGUGUGUUUUGUUUUUGUCAAGAAGAACGAUUCGCCGUGGGUUUUCGUUUCCACAAUAGACUUUUAUCAUGCUUCCAUCAUUUUAGUCAUGUUCCCUGUAUCCAAUAACAGUACUGAAAGAUAAUGUUUUUGUGCAAAAAGGAACUAGACUAUUUCUGCUUCCAGCCUCGCUUUGGUUACAUUGAUCUGAAUGGUAAAAACAAUUCAAAUGGCUGCAACAUGAUAAUGGUCUAUUGCAUAGAUGGUUGUUUAUCAUCAGCAAAACAGAGGGCGAACAUGUUCUUACCUGUUCAGGAAGCUUGGGCCAAGUUCGGGCAAGGACCAUUUAUAGUCGACUAGUGGUUGAUUUGUGACGUACCUUACGCCUGCGCACUAAUAGCAACAUGCGAAC